AUGCCAAAAGAUGAAGAAAUUUUCAACUAUAGGUUAAGCAGAGCACGACGAACUAUUGAAAAUGCUUUUGGCAUACUAGCAUCAAGAUUUAGGAUUUUCAGAAAGCCAAUAAUAGUUUCAGAAAAAACAAUAAUAAAUAUAACAAAAGCAACAAUUGUUUUACACAACGUUAUAAAAAAGUUAGAAACAGAAGCAGGUAUAAGCAUGUACAACCAAACCAUAUCAUGCAGUACAAGCAACAUGCAAACAGAUGAACUACAAGGGUUAGUCCCAAUAAACCGUUCAAAUGCCAAAGAAAUAAAGGACAAAUUAAAAAUAUAUGUUAAUCAUGCAGGAGCUUUAGAGUACCAACAGAGACAGUUAUAA